CGGCCGGCGGGGCGCUCCUUGCACAAUGGCAGAACCUACCGUCUCCCCCCUCAAACACUUCGUGCUGGCUAAAAAGACCAUCACUGCUAUCUUUGACCAGCUACUGGACUAUGUCACCGAAGGAGCAACCUUUGUUGAAGCAACAUACAGGAAUCCAGAGCUUGAACAUGUAGCAACAGAAGAGGAACUAUCAAAAAUACAGUCAUAUAAAAAUAAGUUAGCAGUCAUUGGUGAGGUGCUGUCGCGGAGACACAUGAAAGUGGCAUUUUUUGGCAGAACGAGCAGUGGAAAAAGUUCAGUCAUUAAUGCCAUGCUGUGGGAUAAGGUGCUUCCUAGUGGCAUUGGCCAUACGACUAACUGCUUCCUCAGUGUGGAAGGAACAGAUGGAGAUAAGGCUUAUCUUAUGACAGAAGGUUCAGAUGAAAAGAAGAGUGUCAAGACCGUCAACCAGCUUGCCCAUGCGCUUCACAUGGACAAAGAUUUGAAAGCUGGCUGUCUUGUCCAUGUCUUUUGGCCCAAGUCAAAAUGUGCCCUCCUGAGAGAUGACUUGGUUUUAGUGGACAGUCCUGGCACAGAUGUCACUACAGAAUUAGACAGCUGGAUUGACAAAUUCUGCUUAGAUGCUGAUGUGUUUGUCUUGGUUGCCAAUUCAGAAUCAACCCUCAUGAACACGGAGAAGCAUUUUUUCCAUAAAGUGAAUGAACGACUUUCCAAGCCAAACAUUUUCAUCUUGAAUAACAGAUGGGAUGCCUCUGCGUCAGAACCAGAAUACAUGGAGGAUGUGCGUAGACAGCACAUGGAGCGCUGCCUCACUUUCCUGGUUGAUGAGCUCAAAGUCAUUGAUCCUGUAGAAGCGAGGAAUCGCAUCUUCUUCGUCUCAGCAAAAGAAGUCCUGAGUGCCAGGAGACAGAAGGCCCAGGGGAUGCCACAGGGUGGAGAAGCACUUGCUGAAGGAUUUCAAACAAGAUUCCAGGAAUUUCAAAAUUUUGAACAGAUAUUUGAGGAGUGUAUCUCGCAGUCAGCCGUGAAAACCAAGUUUGAACAGCACACUAUCAGAGCUAAACAGAUAAUAGACACUGUGAAAAACAUUAUGGACGCCAUAAACGUAGCAGCAGCCGAGAAAAGAGUCCAGUCCAUGGAGGAGCGAGAAGAUCAGAAGGACAGGCUGGACUUUGUUCGAAAUCAGUUAAACAUUUUGACAGAAGAUACUAAGGAAAAAAUCAAACGUGUCACUGAGGAGGUAGAAAAUAAAGUCUCCUCUGCCAUGACCGAUGAAAUUUGCCGGCUUUCGGUUUUGGUUGAUGAGUUUUAUUCAGAUUUUCACCCUUCUCCACAAGUGUUGAAGCUCUACAAGACAGAACUCAACAAACAUAUAGAAGAUGGCUUGGGAAAAAACUUGGCUGAUCGUUGCUCCAGUGAAGUCAAUGAGUCAAUGCAUCAGUCACAGCAGGAGAUAAUUGAAAAUCUGAAACCUUUAUUGCCUUCUGGGGCUCAGAAUCAGCUCCACUUGCUAGUUCCGUGCAGGAGGUUUGACCUUAGCUAUGACCUGAAUUGUCACAGUUUGUGUGCGGAUUUUCAAGAGGACAUCAUGUUCCACUUCUCCUUGGGAUGGACUUCGCUCGUGAACCGUUUCCUGGGUCCUAAGCAGGCUCAGAGAGUUCUGUUAGGACUAGCAGAUCCCAACUUGCAGAUCCCUCGUCCUUUACCUGCCACCCCGUCGGCUGCUGGCCUUCCUGCCCUGACUCCGGAGAGCCUCUCGGACGACGAAUUUAUGGUUUCUUUGAUAACCAGUUUAGCUUCCCUCACGUCACGGACCUCUAUGAGCAUCAUCAUUGUUGGCGGAGUGAUUUGGAGAACAGUAGGCUGGAAACUCAUCUCUCUCUCCUUGAGCAUGUACGGGUUGUUGUAUCUCUACGAGAGGCUGACGUGGACCACGAAAGCCAAGGAGAGAGCCUUCAAGCAGCAGUUCGUCAACUACGCUACCGAGAAGCUGCAGAUGAUCGUCAGCCUGACGAGCGCCAACUGCAGCCAUCAGGUGCAACAGGAAAUGGCCACUACCUUUGCUCGGCUCUGCCAGCAGGUGGAUGUCACUCAGAAGAACCUGGAAGAACAAAUUGCUAGGCUUUCCAAGGAAAUAGAUGAGCUGGAGAGCAUCCAGAGCAGCUCCAAGCAGCUCCGGAAUAAAGCCGUUCACCUGGAGAAUGAACUCGACCGCUUUACGAAACACUUCCUUCAGAAGAGUAAAUAAGCUGUCACUGCUCCCUUUCCUGGUGACCCUUUGUAGGACAAAGUAGAAAUUUUACAGGUGAAACUGCUCCCGUGUGGAGUCACGUGAAAUGAAUUAUAUUUUUAAUGUCACUUUGAUUAAACUUGUUAAUUACUGUAAAAUUUGGGUUGGACUCUGACAGCUGAAGAGCUGUGGUACUCAAUGUUAUCUUCAUUUUGUUAGUUGGAAAAUUUUGGUUUAAAAGGUGUGUGUGUGUAUAUUUUAUAUA